GUCUCGUCGACGAUCGAAAAUCAAAACAAUGUACAAACAGAUAUAUUACGUUGUAUAAAAAAGCCGAUGUCAAAUCGCUGCGUGAUGUAAUAAAAAUUGAAAUGAUCUACCAAAAGUGGGGAGCGUUGAUGUUAAAUAAAUACAAUUAUAAUAUUAAAUAAAUGGUUAAAGAUGCGCACGCGCGCGCUUGGAAAGCAGCGUGUGUUCGGAGGUUUCGAUUACCGAUUCGUCGUCGACCGUGGCUGUGAGUCAACACAUGAGUGCAUGCUCACGGCGAACCUGCCGAGAUUCCUUCUCUCAUCGUCUCGUCCGCGAUUGGUGCUGGGCUAUAAGUAGCGGACUUUCGCAUUCCGUUGAGCAAAAUCAAACCCGAUAAAUACCGAAAUGAAUAUUUAUUUUAUCCAGAGAUAAUAAAUAAAUGUGCGAUUGACCGAGUGUUACGAAAUGUGUGUGCCUCAGUGAAAUAUCGAGUGUCAAUACUGUCGACUAUAAGUCUAUGGGAAAUUAUGGGAAAUCUUGUGAGAACCGAGACGACACGGUGCGGCAAUUUCGUCAACUCAAAUCUUGGAUACCGCGAUAAGUGUUCCGAGUGUUGAGAAACGGUGGACCGACGAUUACCAGAGUGAACCGGGAUACUUGAUUCGCGUCGCUGCAUCGAUGAACCUGACGCUCGUGCGUGCGGCCCGGGUCGUCAUAAGUCAUAACAUUUUUUUUAUAUACCGCCGUUUGACAGUUCGAAAGUAAACGAAGCCUCUGAGCGCAGGAGAACGUUCGAAAAAGUUGAAUUAUGCGAGUUAAAGAGCGGCAAUAGAGGAAGGAAAGAAAAAACAAAAGUUUCGACCGAUCGUGACUAGACGGUAGUAUCAUCAUUUUUAGUCGGAUUUUGCAUCCCGCUUCGUCGUCGAGUAUCAAAAGUUCGGUGUUGAAUCGGUGCAACGGUGCAACGUGGCCGGCCGCUAGAAGAGCGCGUACACUCCUAACGACAACGACAAAGUUUCUUAUCGCACCGCUCAUGCCGCCCCGAGCGAGUUUUUCAGUGUAGCGGGACUCGAGCGUUAUAUACGGAGCGAGUGCGCAUGCGCCCAGCGACCACACAACGCGAUAAGUUCGCGAUUUCUAGCAUCCUUCUCGCUUCGCCCUUGUUUUAUACUAUUUUACCAAAUUUCACGGUCACGAAGCUUUUGUUCCAUCGACGCGAUACUUGGCCGUUAGCGUUGUCGAAUAAUGGAUUAUAACGUUGGAGAAGCCAUGUGCCCGCGGCAACUGGCUCUGCGGAGGGCCUCAUGAACGAACCGUUUCGUUUGGAUUUUGUCUUCCCUGCGUGAAUAAGACAAGAAGGAUCGGGCUGCGUGCCGCAACCGCAGAAUGGCGUCGUCGAGCAUCAUCCCGGAGCAGCAGCAGCAGCAGCAAGGAGAUUUAAUCGACCUUGAGGAAGUGGCGAAGGGCGCCGAGGAGGGAAGCCGUGCCUCUGUGGACGCGGGGUCUGCUGCGCGAACGGGGAAUCGUUGCGACGACGGUCCGCCCGGGGACGGGUCGCCCGAAGAGCUCGAGCACCUGUUGGACGUGUGUCCUCCUCAAUUGGAGGAAAAGUUAUCGUUGAGUCGUGCAGAAGUAUCAAUCGGCAGGGAAAAUGAGAAUGGAAGGGUGCCCGAGAAGGAGGACAUACUGGUGAGCUUGGGCCACGACAAACUGGUGCCGCGUCAAAAGCGAAUCGACGUCGUGUCGUCCGAGACGAUAAAACGGAUUCGUGACAUCACGAAAAAUCUCGAACCGGUUAUACGGAAUUGCGAUGCCGAACGGGCGCUCGUGGGCGGUGGAGCCGAGAGCGACAGUGGCGAGGCUCGCUGCUCCGAGACGGAGGCCACGGAGGUGCCGGCUGUGACGAAAAAUUAUCAACAGCCUCGCUCGAAAGCCAUCAACGAGACCGAAGAAGCUAUCAAUGUCGCAUUUGAUUUUUUAUCCGAGCUCGAUGACGAGAUUAUUGAUGAAAAUUAUCAUGAGCCACCGGACAAGAAAAGACGGAAGGAGUCCCGUUACGGUAGGGACACCGCUGCGUUCUCGGCACCCUCUUAUCCCCUCGAGCCCACGACCCUCGUCCGCAAGGAAUCGAGCGAUUCUUCUUCACUUUCAUCCCUUUCCGUUAAUGAGCACCGAGUCGAUGGAGAAAAUACUACAAACUUGCCGCUUGAUGAACUACCUGAAUUAACGAGUUGCGGGAUCAAUGGAAUAAUAACGGGGAAUGAAGCUACGCUUUUACGAAACUCGCGGAGUCCGGUUACGCUUUGUCAGCGAGAAGAAAAGAAUCGGGAUUUAAGUAGCUUGGAAAGAUCGACGAGAAUCGAUGUAGAUAUUAUUUCCGGAGGGUCCGGAAGUGCCGACUACUUUGCCAUUGAUCCCCUCGACACAUCUCCCAAUCACUUCGGAGGGAAUGGCGAGGAGGAGGAGGCGGAUAUGGCGAAGGAAGCGAUCGCGGUAGCGGUGACCGGGGAGGAUUCAGCAGCGUCGUAUUCGUCCGAGUGUUCAGAGGUCGAUUGGUCUUGGGUCGCCGAGUACGAGACUCGACCGAAUGAAAAUUCGGUUGCCUGUCCGGAAACCGUAUGUAAGACUCCAGGAGCGGUAACUAACGAGAGUAGCAGCGAGUGUAGCAACGGGAGGAGCAAUAAAAAAGGGUCUAAAUAUGAAAAUACGACGAGUCGGAGGGAAGGAAGAGAAAGAGGAGGAAGAUCGUCGUCGUCGUCGUCGUCCGUCUCCACCGAUUUGAGGACGGAGAGUUUGGCCAAAGUUGGUGGGAGGAAGGUGACUGCUCGGCUGAAGGAUGACGAGAAGGUGGCGACGGAGGAGGAGGACGGUGGCGAAGGAGCGCGCGUCGCUGCGGCGGUCGCGACCGCUGUCGGGGAUAGCAAGGAGUGCGGCAGUGUUGCGAUGUCCGUCGGCGUCGUUAGGGCCGACAAGGGGCAGCUCUCGGAUCCCGUUACGACGGACACGUUUAUCGGCGGUCUUCUCUUCCCCGGGGCUUCGCCCUCGUUCGAUAAUCCCGAUUUUCAAAGCUCCGACGGCAGUCGAGCAUCCAUUUCGACGAGCAACGAUUCUCCCAUUUCAAGUGUUUUUUUUAGCAACGAAUGCGCCGGGGAGGCGUCUUGCGUCAACGAUUGUGAGGUUGAGAGCGACCAAGCGAUUCUCGUAUCCAGUGAAAAUGAUCGGAAUCGGCGUUCCCGCGUCCGCGCCAGCGAUUUCGGUUGGUCGGCAGUCGAAAGCACGAUCCAGCGAAGAAUCAAUCCCGCCAACAACGACAACGACGACAACCGUUCGACGAGCUCGCCGCGAGUUUCCUGGCUCCGGGCCUCGAUGCGACGACUGCGCCACUUACGAUUGCCCGAAGCCGGCGCCGGUGGCUCCAAUUCGGAUGCUCUCAUCGCCGCCUCCGAGACCAAUCUGAGAGCUCCAACUUUCUUACCUCUUUCCGGGCCGAAUUCACUUCCGGAUAUCGCUCUGAUAGCGCCUGAAAUUCUCGUUGCUCAUACCAACUCUACCACCGAAUCUCUCCUCGCGACCGACGCUGCGGGGAGACCCUCGAGCGCGCCCGUUUACAAUCAACGGAACAGCGGCAGCACCGCUUCAGUCGCCACGAGCCCUCGACGGGGCCGGAGACACGCGAUCAAUUUACGCACCCGUCAAGCCAACGCACGCCGCUCUUUUUCUCGAUCGAUCCCUCGCACCGGCAACGAGCCUCCGCCCCCUCAUCUUCCUCCUCGGGAUGACAACGACACCGAUAACACUGUGCCAGCGCCCGGUCACGCUCGAGUGAACUGCACCGAUUCUCAAGAACCAGCAAACCUUUGUUCCACCCCGAAUCAACAUCCGGUUUCGCUCAUCACCGGCAACAACAGUCCACCGAGAAGAAUCUGUGAGAGCAGACAACGAGAAGCCGAGCGAGUGAGCGGAAGUGGGAGCGGGAGCGGUAGCGGCAGCGGAGACGACGAGGAUGAAGACGAGAAUUCUCUCGGGAGAUGGCCUCAUCCGCUGAGUCCUGCUCUCGCGUGCCUCGGUUGUACCCUCGGACUUUUCAACAUAAGUCGUUUCGCCAGCCUCAGCGUACAGUUUGGAGCAAAUUUCAUUGUACAGUUUCUGGUGCUUUCAUUGAUACUCGGUAUUCCAUUGUUGACUCUCCAAGUAUGCUUGGGUCAGAGACUGGGAGCAGGUGCGGUCGACAUGUGGCGAAUAUCACCGAUUUUUCAUGGCGUAGGAAUCGCGUUGCUGGUUGCUCAAGCCUUGAUCGGUAUUUACAGUAUUAUCGGUGUGUCGUGGAUGUUCGUUUACUUCAGAGACUCGUUUAUCACGAAGCAGGACAGGUAUCGUUGGGCCGAACCGUUUUUGCUCUACCGGGAUGACACGAGGAUGCUGCACAACUCGAGUGGCAAUUAUAAACUGGAGGAGACGGUGCCCGAUUAUUUCAGCGGUGUGGUACUCCAGAGACAUCACCUGAACGAGCCCGAUCCCGGUAUCGUCACUCUCAAGUUUCAAGUUGCCUUUAACCUCGCUGUUAUGUGGAUGAUCGUAUUUGUCUCGUUGAGCAAAGGCCUGAGAUCGUACGGAAAAGUCGUAUACGUAUUGACGCUCGUGCCUGUAUUCGGUACGCUCGUGUUGUGCACGAAACUACUCGGUUUGACACCGCCAGGCUCGAUCAACCAAUUAUUUCCUGCGACCGUUUGGAGUGAGUUCUUCAUAAACAGCAAAUCGUGGGUUGCAGCUUCUUCCGAGGUCUUUCUCACGUGGGGACUCUUCGGCGCUGCGGCUAUGCAGGUAGCCGCUCACAACAGGCACAAACACUUGUUACAAAGGGACACGAGCAUUGUCGUAGUUCUGACGAUUGUCGUUCUUCUACUCUCAGCUUUUUUAGCCAACACCUGCGUCCAGAUAUUGCGACAUUACGGCUACUUUUAUAUUACAAGCUCUUUCGAAAGAAUAUCGGAAUACACGUUUAUGCGUAACGCGAAUGAACCGGCUCAAGCGGGUGGAUUUAGCAACACGCCGGAGAGAUUCAUGUCUCAUGCUUCGUUCAUAGUCGGUCAACGGGUGGUUAAACCCGGCGCCGACCUCGGUACAGAAUCCGGUUACCAAGCACUCAGACUCUCGACCGAGCUUGUCCCAGCGACGUUAGCAAUACUCGGUACCGAACAAGUCUCGCCAUUUUGGGCCGUGCUCUUCUACUUCGUUCUUAUUCUUUUCGGUAUCGCUCAGCAGCUCGCAAUAUGGCACUCCGUUAUAACCGGAAUAAUGGCGAUCAACACGAAAAUUCUGAAAUUAUGGGAAACAACGAUUACGUUCUUCAGCUGUGCAUGCGCAUAUGUACUGGGUCUGCCUAUGGCAACUGAGUGGGGGAUUUACGUCGUCUAUUAUUUGGACUACACGGUCGGUGGUGCUUGGUGGAUAAUGAUAUUAUAUCUAGUCCAAGUUGGGGCCGUUUUCGCUGUUCGUGGACGUCCUCACACGGGUGAAACCGUUGUUGCUGAAUUAUUUCCACCGACCGGAAGAUGUAUGAGACACUGGGCAGGACCCCUUCUCUCAUUUACGUGGAACGUUAUUCUGCCUGUUGCACUUAUGGUUCUCAGUAUUACGCUUUUUAAGAGCAGUGGUUUUCGAGAACUUUACGUUUAUCGACGAAGCAGCCGUGAUUAUUGGUCAGUAUGGGCACGGCAGUUGGGGGCUGCAAUUCAAUUAAUACCGAUUCUCAUUAUUCCGGGUGUCGCAAUUAUCCAAACGUGUCGUUAUCUCAACAGCGGUCCUCCCGAUAUUUUCGAUACCGAAGAAAUGGAGAUAAACUAUACUCAUUGUGAGCAAUGCAAUGCGAACCGUAUACAAUUGUUGUACCGCCCUCCAUUGGAUACAAAUGGCUCGACGACUUUACCGAUAAAUUAUGGGAACGAGCCGAGUACGACGAGUAUACAUGGGAAUGGAAUAUUGCGAUCGUCGAAUGAGCCACCGCCAUCUCCGCCGACGGUACCAUUCCAGGAUCCACCACCAAAGUACACACCUCCUCCGAGUUAUACGACAGCAACGGGUGCUAGAAUAGCGAAAAUGUUGAGACAAAGUAUUCGUCGUAGUGUGCGUAGGAUAGCGAGUGUUUUGGGAGAAACGAGUACGCCAAGAACAAGAUCGGCGCUGCAGCAGCCACCUCCCCCACCGGAUUACGCGACCGUUCUGGUCGAAAUGAAUCAGAGCGUACUGUCGGAGCAGCAGCAGCAGCAGCAGCGUCAUCAGCUGCAAGAGAACACGGCAACGGCCAUGGCGAUAGCAACGACGACAACGAUGGCUCGUGAGAUGACCGGGGAUUUAACGGACAUGAGGAAUUCCAUGGAGCGACAACAACGGCGGCGGCAACAACAACAUAAUCACGAGCGAAAUCGUCCGAGAACGAUCGACCGUACAACCAGGAUCAGCACAAUCGAGCCAACUUAUAUCGAACGGACGCACUCGACGAUGGACCGUGGGAGAACGAGUAGAACUCCCAAUAGCAGCGGUAGCUCCAAUCUGACGGCCGCCGAUGUCGCCAAUUUGUUACGCAGUAGUAUUAAACGCGGCGGUGCAAUGAAAACGCAGACAACGCACCAAGACUUGUGCAGUGGCUGCGAUCCAAUCACUAAUGAUAAUCUCGGUUCAAUCGCGUCUCACGGAGAUGGAGCGAUAACGAUGACCGCCGCUUCCGUUGAGAAUCUCGUUAAUGCGGCAGUCCCGAUUAACGAGGAUCACCCCAUUUCCCUUUACGACGGUAAAGAUAUGUCUCUAGUCCACAAUAUACCCAGUAACGACCAACAAGACAGUGACGGCGACGACGAUAAUGUAAAAAAGACUGUUAACGAAACGGAACAUUCCGUUUCUGUGAUAUAGACAUGCACCAAUUAGUUAUUCACAGAUAUACAUAUAUAUUAUAUAUACACAAACAUAUUAUUAUACGAAUUGUCCCGAGUUGAUGGAUCACUUUGUUGAAUCCCUGAGUUCGCAGGCCCGAAUUUUCGGUCGACCCUCCCCGUUAACGUAUUUCCAAUGAGUUAUGCAUUGUUACCCAAAUUUGAAUUCAUGCGCUUUAGCUACUACUCGAACUGCCGGAACAGCAUUUUAUUUUCAAAAAUUUACUUACACCCAGAGAUGUUAAAAUUAGUCAACAUUCGACUGGAGACCAACUGUCUCCGAUGUCCAGAACCGCUAUCGAUAGAGACUGGAUUUUUUUUUAUGAGUAAGAUACUAGAAAACAGGAUACAUUUUCUCCCUUAAGGAUGUCUUUAUUUUGUGAAUUUCAUUCCUUCAGAGUACCAUUUAUUCUUACUCUAAUUUUGUGACCGUUUCACAAAAGAGUAUUUGUGGCCUUUAAUGUUCAAUAACUCAUCAGGGAAGAAGAACGGUAUUGACUAACGAACGUCACAUUAUUAUCAGUAGACUGACAGACUUUGAUCCUCAUUGAAAAUUUUCACAGUUGCGGACAUCCCGUGUACCCAUCUUGUGUCAUGAGGUUUUCUUUGUGCUUCAUUAUUAUUCUCAAUCUUGAUGUAUGUAUGCAUGUAGGUAUGUGUGUAUGUGUGUUUAAUGUGUGAAACUAUUUCGCCGACGAGUAUGGUGUGAAUAGAAUUUCGUGAAUCGUUCGUAAUACGAUCAAAGUGUAUACAGAAUCACACAAGUGCAUUAUUACUCUCUACGGAGAGGAACUUUAUUUCGUAUUGAUAUGAAAAGCGGCGGCGGCCAUCACUUUAAAGUGUUCGAAUGCGUUCUCUUUACCCUUCCCCUCUCACUCGCUGUUUCUCGAGUGGAAUAGCUCCGAUUCCUUUGUGGUUGAUUCGUUAGAUUUUUCUCUUUUAUCACCUGGAAGGAUGAAAAUUGUGUAGACGAUUUUUUAAAAUAUAAUGUGCACUGUCGUGUACGACAAAUGAAUUUUGUAAAUACGUGCCUGAUCGCUUAAUCGUCAACAUUAUUUUGAGUCAUUGAGAACCCAACAACAUUUCAUCAAUGUUACAUUCCUGAAACUAUCGGUUGGUUCACACGUUAGUUCAGUGAAUAAUAUUCAAUCCGUCCAGUUUAUGCCUUGCGUGCGUGUUGAAGCGUAUGCUCGAAAUGUACAACAUUUUAGUUAUGUGUAAAAAAAAAGUUUUCCACCCGUCGUUGAUUUUACGUUUAUCGAGAAUAUAUUGAAUCUAAGAAUGUAAUAAACGUGAAUUCGGUAUGACCAUUAACGAAACAUCACACGUCCAUCACACGUUUCGCAUCUCGGAUCGUAAAUGCGAGUAAGAAAUAAUAUGACUUUUCCCCUUUGGUCAAGUACGAAUCGUUAUUUACCACCUGAUAUUAUGGACCACAAUAAAAUUUUUAUGUUAUUUUACAA